ACGGAAACUGACUUCAUUCACCAAAUAAUACAAUUUAGUGUAUAACAUUCAUGUAUAACGAUGGCUUCAGCAUUUGUUUUUUCUAAUUGCUUUUAAUAAUUACAAAGUCCACUAUUUAAAAUAUAACUCUGUUGUAAGCUAGAAAAAGCUCUAUUUUUAGACGGGUAUCCUCAGAAAACACCUACCUCAGCGCAAGGCUCUGCAAAAGGAGUAAUAAGGGGCGGGCUUAUGUACUAAACUAGCCAAUCAGAGAACGCCUUUUGCCUGUCAAUCAUUUUGCGCGUUCGGGACACAUAAGGGUGGUUGACAUGUCUUCAGAAAAAAUCCCGCCGUUGCAGAUCAAGGAGAGAAGGCUUAAAAAUGACAAAUGAGCAAAAUGCAUUUAAUGAAUCAAAAACGUUAAUUAAUAAAGGAUUAUUUACGACGUAAAACCAAAACUUCCAGCUGGGAUAGAACAGGCGCACCCUCAUCACGUGACGUACACAGAGCACUUAAUAGAGAUCACGUGACAAGGGAAGUCUGAAUCGUCUCAGCGAACCGGUUCUUUCGAAUGUUUCGUUUCAAAGAACCGGUUCAAGCAACUGAUUCAGUAUUGACAUGGCAACCCCUGCGUGACGUAACGUUUCCAAACAAUUAAGUCAAAUGUAAACGUUUACUGGUUUUAUAUGAGUUUUUUUUUUUUUUUUUUUUUUUUUAAAUAAUGGUAAUUCAUGUGCCCUCUUCAGUUUAAGCUUCAGCUUAUACGCCUAUUUGUACAUUAAACAAUAGUAAAAUUAUUUUACAUCUCUUGGCUGAAGACGUUUUUACUCGUUUAAAAAAUGGUAUUUAUUAAAACGAACUAUUUUCUAUGUGCGUGUGUUGAUAAAACCCGUACAGUAAAAUCAUAAACAUAUUUAAAGUAGAUUUUAUUUGUAACUUUUCUGAUUGUGAGUCAUAGCAGAAUCGCUGACUCGGGAACCGCUCAGACUGAUUCACUCCGAUUCGUGAACGAAUCAUUCAGUUCGUUUCGUUAACCCGUUUUGUUCAACCGAAGAUCCGACUCAAAAGAACGAUUCGUUCAGUAAUCGGACAUCGCUUGAGCGGAAAAGAGAGUCCAGUGAGAGCUGUCAACGCCUCUUCCAUAUCCAUAUUCCAGCGUCCUCUUCCAUAUCCACUUUCUAUUCGCCCUCAUGUGGAUGUGAACGCAAAAGUGUCUGACAGCAAAGAGAUGUGUGAUGAAAACCAGUCCUAAAGCAGGACAAGGCCAAUCAGCUACUAUGAGCAGUGAGCUCAAUGUGCCAAUGGGCUCCCCCGCUCCCGGGUGCUCAGACCGGCUGCAGGAUGGUGGUGGGAUGGAUUACAGGGACUGGGUUCGCCGCAGCUAUCUGGAGCUGGUCACCUCCAAUCACCACUCGGUCCAGGCUCUCUCAUGGAGAAAACUCUACCUCAGCAGGGCGAAGCUCAAGGCCUCCAGCCGAACCUCAGCUCUGCUGUCUGGCUUUGCCAUGGUGGCCAUGGUGGAGGUGCAGCUGGAGAUGCAGUACAGCUACCCAGCUCCCCUGCUCAUUGCCUUCAGCAUAUGUACCACGGUGCUGGUGGCCGUCCACCUGUUCGCCCUCCUCAUCAGCACCUGCAUCCUGCCCAAUGUGGAAGCCGUUAGCAACAUCCACAAUCUCAACUCCGUCUCCGAGUCUCCCCACGAGAGGAUGCACCACUAUAUUGAGCUGGCCUGGGGCUUUUCCACCGCUCUAGGGAUCCUUUUGUUCCUGGCAGAGGUGGUGCUCCUCUGCUGGAUAAAGUUCUUGCCGGUUGACUCUUUGGAACUUAAGCAGAACCGUGUCACCACCACGGCUCAGCCCGGUACCGGCGGCUGGUAUGCGGCCAUGGCCUCCACCAUCAUCAUGGUGCCGGUUGGAUUGAUCUUUGUGGUGUUCACAAUUCACUUCUACCGUUCGCUAGUGCGACACAAAACAGAGCGGCACCAUCAGGAGAUCGAGGAACUGCACAAAAUCAAGGUGCAGCUGGACGGCCAUGAGCGAGGCCUGCAAUCGGUGUGAGAUCCGCGGAUGCUUUUGGUUUGCCGCAAUGUUCCAUUGCUAGACUCUUUAAGCUUUCAAGCACAUCAACUCCUCCUUGAGUGUUUCGGGCUUUUUCUUUCUAUUUUCUUCUUAGAGGAAAUGCCUUUUUGCCUGGUGAAAGGAUUACUCAAGUAGAAGAUUUGCAGCAAAAAAGGUGCAUGUUUACAAGAUUGCAAGGGCUAUUUAUUUGCAUUUCUUUAGGUCAGUUGUGUCUUUAAGUGCCAUUUUCUGUUUCUAUGCCUCUAAAUACAGAAAAUGAAUGUCACAGAGUGGCUUUCUUUAAAGGGUUAGUUCACCCAAAAACAACACUUCUGUCAUUAAUUACUCACCUCAUGUCAUUCCAAACCUGUAAGACCUUUGUUCAUCUUCUGAACACAAAUUAAGAUAUUUUUGAUGAA